AGACGUGGCUUUGUUGUAAUCCUGCAUCUUUCAUGAAGAUAGACUCAGUGAACAGGAUGGAAGAGUGUUUGCAUUUGGUCUGUGAGUCGAUGGGUGUACAUGAGGAGGAUGAGGUCAGCGUGGACGAGAUCUGUUCCCUCUAUAAGAGCGUCUUCCUCAUCACCGCCAGCCUGGAUGAGACAAAGAGAGCCAUUUCACAGGUCAGAGGUCAGAGUGGAGGCUUGUCAUGUCCAGCCAGAGGAGUUCUGCAUGUUCUCCUAAUGAUGGAGAAACAGCGUUACAACAUAGAAGAGAAGCAGGAUCCAGAGCAGUUUAGUAUCUUGUGUCUUCAGAACAGAGCCAAGAGACUUUGCACGAGACUCAUUCUUGACGGCGUGUGGAGUGUCCUACCGUCUCUUUCUCAGAGGAUAGCCGGCGUCAUGCGACCGGGCAGGAUCUGUGCCAGCACUAGCGACAUCCUCCAGCUCCUGUAUUACAAAUAUGAGGUCAUCAGAGAGCGACUGUACAAAGAGAUGUUACAGGAUGAAUAUGGUGUUAUUUGGUGGAACUCGAUGUCAGCGUGGGAUCAGACAGAAUGUGUGUGUGAAUUAGGAGUGUGUGUAGAGCUGGCUUUCAGACACAGAGACUGGCUUCAGGUGUGUGGGCUUCCCGGGGCCUUCUGUUGCUACAGGAGCUGUGGUUCUGUGGUCUUGCGAGGCUGUCCUGAGAGUGUUAAAUCUAGAGAUCAGGCUUGGUCAUCUAAACCGAGGGAACAGGCCUGGUCCGCUGUCAUCUUCCUGUCGGAGCUGGAGUCACAUUAUCAAGAUGAGAAGGAAUCGAUCAGCACGCUCAUGAACAGAUUGGGACAGGAAGCUCUGCAUAUUAUAUAUCUCAGUUUGUGUGUUGCUGUGCGGAGAGCCGAGAGAGAGAAUCAGUCCUACACGGCGCUGCUGGUCGCCAGACAGCACUGGGACAGAUGGCCUUAUAUGAGAUGUUCAGUCAGUCAGGAUCUCACCAGGAUCUGGAUUCAGGAAAAUGUGGAUCUCACUGCUAAAAAACAGCAGGGCUGGAAAACAGGAAAUUGUGCACAACAGGCUGUGCUGCAGUUUUUGGUUCUGUGUCAGGAGCAGGAAAGGAAACGAUUGGUGGAGAUCGUUCACAGGCUUUCCCUGAGUGACCUCGAGGCAAACAUUCAGAAAAACAAUGUGGUUCAUGGAAACGCGGUGGAUGAGAGCUGUGUGUGGAGCCUGCAGCAGAUCAAAGCCUCUCUACAGGAAGCACAUGGUUCUUCUACUAGACCAUUCGCUCCAGGGUGUUCUGGGAUAGAUGUCUCAUGGGGCGAAUGUGCCACUCAUUUGCUGACCCAGCUGACGCAAGCACAUGAUGAUGAGGCCUGGACCAUUUUAAACUCUCUGCCAGAUUUGGACCCUGAGGGUCUUUGGACUUUGCUUCGCAAAUAUGAGAGCGAACUUCACAGACCCAGUUUCCACAACCUGCAUGAAGUUUUGCAGUCACGUGGACCAGCGCACGCCAGCAGAGGCACCGCCGCAGUGAACGCUCACACUGAGAGAGAGAGGACUGAACAGGAACGGGAAGAGCUGUCAGAUGGUGAAAAAGAAGAACUCUGCACUGGCUGUGGCGUGGCUUUAGAUCCAGAAGAUACUCCAUAUUUAGAGAUCCUGUGUGUCAGAGACCCAAGAGAUGAAGAGAGCAUGAUGGAGACGAAGGACAGAGACAGAGAGAGAAGAGAGGGAGACAUUAAGAGCAAAGGAGACCCUCAGGAGAUCUCAGUGGAAAAACAAAACUCUCUGAUCACACUGGCCUGGAGCAACCCAGCCCACGCAGAGAAUUACAUUCAGGAAGUGACCUCGGCUCAGAAAGGAGAGGCCGUCUCGAUUGUAAUGCAGGAGGAUUCAGCUGAUAACACGCACGUUCCUGUCAGAACUGUGAACAACUGUGACAGGAAUGUGAACAUUUACACACAGCAGGAGAACAUAAGCUCCGUCUCACUGCAGCCAAGUGAACAAUAUGAAGAAAUGCAUUCAGAUCACACAGAUAAUGUGAAAGCAAAGACACAGAUCCAAGAAGACCAUUCAGGCUUCAUCACAGCUGGGCAGGACAUAAGAGAUGGAGAGUUUGCAUUCAGUGUCACCCAACAGCCCGACCAAACUCCACCCACUGCUCCAAGGCUGCUACAAAACACUGACACAACAGAUACUAACACAGCACCAGCAAGUGUUCAUUUCCCAGACACGCAACCCUCUCAAACACUUGAGACCCAUGAGACAGAGGCAUCGCUUCAGGAGCUGAGGAAUGAGGAGAUCUGUGAGAGAGCAGGUGAGGGGGAGGCAAUGAUGCGCUGCCUAGUGGACAUCCAGAGGAGAGCAGAGCGACGCUAUCAACGAGACCGAGACAGACAGCUGCUCAGAGUUCAAGAACGACUGGCUAUCGUCCAGAGUCGGAAGGCAGAUGAAGAUCUGUUGGGUCUGACGCAGGAAGACACACUCAGACAUCUGACCGACACACUCAAACAGGAGGACGAGCAACAACAGAAAACUUUAGUAAGAGAGAAACUCCAGCAGAUGAGGAGAGAACGCUCCUGCGUUCUCCAGACCAGACGGGAGAGAAACACGGCUGGGUUUAAAGAGCUCCUUGCGCCCACAGCUCAACGCAUGACAGAAACUGAAGAAGGACGCUAGUGUGUACUCAACCCCAUUUCUACAAAUAUACAGCACACAGUCAAAACAUUCAUCCACUUUAUUGAUGUAUGAGCACAAAAGUAGCUGUGUUUGAAUGAUAGCAACUUGUAUUCGCGUUUCAAUCACUUUCCUAGUUGCCAAUGAUAAACGCCGCCCCCUAAAAGUUUAUAAUAGUGCUUACAAUGCAUGCACACAUUGGCUGCUGAUCUUUUAAGAAGACUGUGGUCUUUCUUUGGCAAAUAAUAAGUUGCAUGACUCAUAUACCUUUAUCAUAGACAGUAAGCACAUUAAAACACUUCCGGGUUUUGUUUGCUUUGUAUUAACCUCAGUAGAGAGUGUCUCGCCCACAUGCAUGCUAUUCUGUCCUGCCAUUGAACAUAAACCAGCACAACAGUACAAGAUGACUGACAGUGCCUGAAUAACUGGCAAGUAUAUAAUGAAACACGUUUGAACAUUUUAUUGAACUCCAGGAAAGUCCACAAUGCCUCAGCCUUU